AAGAACCGAAGCUGCAGGGGGGAAGAGGCCGGCAGGAAUUCUCUGCAGGGGACUCACGGCUCUACCAGAAAUUGGAAGGGAAUAAAGCAAUUAAAGUAAACCCAACCUAAAUCAAGGUUAAAGAGAGGGAUUCAUGGCUAGAUCUUACCAGAAAAAGCCCAAAAACCUCACACCCACAUAGCAGCCGGCGGACAACAAAGGGAGGAAGACGCAAAACAGAACAGAUCUGGAAAUUCUGGGUUUAAUGGCUGUUCUAGAACAAGAAAAUAGGGAGAAAUCCCCAAGCUUGGCCGGUGUUCCCAGCUGGAAAUGGGUGGCGGUAGCUGGGGCUCUUGCUGGCUGCAGGGGAGAAGAGCAGAGCAGAACUGGGAUUUUUUCUGGGUUGAGAAGGAAGAUUCUAGAUGUGAAUUGGAUAAGUUCCGAGCCUUGUGCAUUUGUGGGACCCUCUCACGAGUGCACGGCGUCUGUUACGCCUCGGAUUUGGGUUCUGGGGCGUGACACGGAUUUUGUCCAACUCAACAGCAGCACCUUCAGAUGGACAGUGAAGGCCUGUGGUGGUGGGUCAAGGCUGGUCGGUGAACGUCAAUCUGCUGCUUGUUGCUGUUGCCCGCUGCCUGCUACUGCCUGCUGACUACCGAUCUACUGGAGAGACAAUGAACGCCGAUCUGCUGCCCGAUCUACUACCCUUUGGUUUCUUCUUCGCCAAAAAAGAGAUGGAGACUGAAGAAUGGAGACUGGAGACUAGAGAAGCCAAGAAGGAGAACGAUGGAUGAUGAAGAUUUGCUGCCCGAUCUAUGGAUGGCGAUGGAUGAUGAAUACACAUGUGGGUUUUUUGAUUUUGUUUGGUUGUGGUAACUGGUAAGAGUUGAGAGUUGGAACUUGGAAGAGUUGAGAAUGGAAUGAAAUUAGAAACCCCAA